AACCACAAACACCAUCUCCGAGGCUCCCGUACAUCAUCACUCUGUUCUUGAAUCUUCCUCCACCAAAAAAAAAAAAAAAAAAAAAAAAAAAGAGCUUAAAACUGAGCUCAAAAGUGAAAGUCCUUUCAUUUUUCUCCAUGACUACCAAUAUUCACUCUCUUUGCAAAUCCCCCACCUUCCUUGUCCCUUCAACUUUUCUGGGUUCCUCUUCAUCCUUCCCAAAACCCCACCAAAUCAAACCAUUCGUGAGAAAAUCCAACAGUUACAGAGAACUGUUGCAUUUUGGGAAAGAGAAGUUUGGAGGAGGGAUUGUCUGUGGCGCACUCCUACCAGUUGAUCCGUGGGCACCUACCAUUGAUUCAGAGAGCAUAGCUUCCCAGUUGUUUGCGCUUUCUUUGUUCCCGUACAUUGGUUUCUUGUACUUCAUCACCAAAUCUAAGUCUGCCCCAAAGCUCACUCUCUUCGGUUUCUACUUUCUCCUCACCUUUGUGGGGGCCACCAGGAAACGUAGUCAUGGUGAAGAUGGGUUCGUCAAAGACUGUCUUUCAGAGGAAUUGAAGAAGUUAAUUCGAUCUGUGGCUUCUGAAUAUGGAGACGUAAUUGAGGAUAUGGAACUACUGGGGGUCGUACGUUUGAAUGGUGCUAUGACUAAUGUGGUUUAUCAGAUAUCUUGGCCAACAAAAGAUGGCGAUUUUCAGAGAAAAGCAUUGGUCCGACUUUAUGGCAAAGGAGUCGGGGUUUUCUUCAAUAGGGAGGAUGAAAUCCGCACAUUUGAGUAUAUCUCAAAACAUGGUCAGGGGCCACGCCUUCUGGGGCGGUUGGUGGAUGGACGGAUAGAGGAGUUCAUUCAUGCCAGAAAACUUUCAGCUGCUGACCUCCUUGAUCCUGAAAUAUCCUCUCUUAUAGCAGCUAAGUUGAGAGUGUUUCAUUAUCUUGAUAUGCCCUUUCCAAAGUGUGUACACCUCUGGAACACAAUGAGGAAAUGGCUUGCCACAGUGACGGAACUGUGCUCACCAAAACAAGCUGAAGAAUUCAGCUUGGAUACUCUAGAAGGGGAAAUUUAUAUGCUGGAGAAAGAAUUAUCUAAUGAAUCUCAAGAAAUUGGAUUUUGUCACAAUGACCUGCAGUAUGGCAACAUCAUGAUGGAUGAAGAAGCAAGAUCAAUCACUAUAGUCGAUUACGAAUAUGCCAGUUACAAUCCUGUUGCUUAUGACAUUGCAAAUCAUUUAUGUGAGAUGGUGGCAAAUUACCAUUCAGAGACACCUCAUGUUUUGGAUUAUAGCAAAUAUCCAAAUCUGGAGGAGCGCCGAAGAUUUGUCAGGAUAUAUCUGAGCUCCCCAGGCAGCCAUCCCAGUGACACCCAAGUUGAGAAGCUACUUAAUGAUGUGGAGAAAUACACUUUAGCAAGCCAUCUGUUUUGGGGGUUGUGGGGAAUCAUUUCAGGUUAUGUAAACAAAAUUGACUUCAACUACAUGGAAUAUGCAAGGCAGAGGUUUCGGCAGUACUGGUUGAGGAAAAAAGAAUUGUUGGCUGCUUCAGGCGUUUCUCCCUGAUGGAAAUUAUAGAUUUAUUCUACCUAAGUGUGCUUCCUAGUUCAUAAUAAAACUUUCACAUAAAAUGUAGCCAGCUUAAUGGUGUUAAUAUCAAUAUGUUUGAGUUGAUGAGAAUUGUAAAUAAAACCCAUUUUCUCUUUUUGGGACAUUGGCUGUAACUUUCGUUAAGGCUUUGGACUUUUCGCCGAAUCCACUUGAUAAGGUGGAAAAGGAAAAUUUAUAAUGCUCAACAGAGA